AUGCCUGGUGAAAGCAAGAAGGGUGAACGGCGGGUCCACAACAUGGUGCACGACGAUGCCAUUUGGCGGCAGACCAUCCACUACGAGCUGACAACCGCCAGUAACUGGGAGGGCAGCUGGGGGUUCAUGAAGGAUGCAUAUCGCCAGCCAUCUCCAGACACCAAAUCCGACUCGAGACCGGACCCACCGAGAGCCGCCGACACCAACCCACCGGUGCCGAGUACUUCGUCGUCGGCGUCGUUUGCAUCGGGCCUGCCCUCGAAAGUGCCGCAGGGCCUGACGGACAACCCAGACUCGAUCGUGUCCAACUGGCUCUGCAACCACAAUGUCCCGCGCAUCAUUCGAUACCGGAUGCCCAUCGAAAAGUACCGCUUCCCAGCGACGACGGCAACGGAGAUUGGCUGGCUCUGGGGCAAGGGCGAUGUUGUGCCGGUGGCCCCCAGCCCGUACUGGAUUACCCAGAGCCGCGAGGCACCCAAGAACCACACGCUGGAGCGGUUCGGGAAGCAUGCCAAGGGCCGAGUCGAUACCCUCAAGUGGUGGGGAGGCGGACGAGAGUCGCUGCCCUGA